AUGCUCUCUCGUUUCCUCUCCCUCGCGGCCCUACCUCUAGCCGCAAGCGCCCUGGCGAGCCCCGAUGCUCAGAAUGGCGAUUCUGGCGUCCUCGCUUUUCCCAUCACCGGCUCGGUUGGCGCCCCUAUCGUGAAGAGCCUCACCAAGCGACAGUCCGACAUUAGCCUGGAGAACCAACUGCUCGGCACACUCUAUACCAUCGAUGUCACAUUCGGUACCCCAGGCCAGACGGUCAAGCUUCAGUUUGAUACUGGUUCUGCCGAGCUCUGGGUCAACCCCAUCUGCGCCUAUUCCGACAACCCCAGCCUGUGCCAGGAGGCUGGUAGGUUCACCCAGAGUACUUCCUUCGUGAACCUCAACACCCCUGGUGGCGUCGACUACAAGAUUGGCAAAGUCGAGUUCGUUUACGGCCACGACUAUGUCACCAUUGGAUCUGCGAAGCUGACCCAGCAGAUUUUCGGUGUCACCACCAACAGCAGCAAGGUCAGCGUCGGUAUCUUGGGAGUCAGCCCCAGUGUGACCAGCUGGAACAGCCCUUACCCUUACGUCCUUGACAACCUAGUCUCGGGAGGCUUCAUCAACAGCAGAGCUUUCAGUCUUGAUAUUCGCAAGGUCGACGACACUCGAGGUGCUGUUGUCUUCGGAGGUAUUGACACUAAGAAGUUCUCCGGUAAAUUGGAGAAGCUCCCUAUUGUCCCUGCUGCUCAGACUCCUGACAAGACGGUUCGUUACUGGGUGAACCUUGAGGGCAUUACUGUCAGCCUUCCCAACGGCCAAGAUGUUUCCGUCUUCACCUCCGGAAAGCUGCCUGUUCUGCUCGACAGCGGCUUCACUCUCACUGGUCUCCCCAGCGCCAUGUUCGAGGCGCUCGCCAAGGCCUUCAACGCCAACCCCAACGUCGCCUACCCCUUAGUUGACUGUGCUCUCAUCAACACCAAGGGCACAGUAGACUUCAAGUUUGGCAACACUGUUAUCAAUGUCCCCUAUUCCGACUUCAUCUGGCGUCCUCAGCCCGGCACCUGCCAGCUGGGGGUCUUCCGAAGCGAUGACUUCCCCGUCCUCGGCGAUACCUUCCUUCGAGCCGCCUACGUCGUCUAUGAUUGGGACAACCGUAACAUCCACCUUGCCAACAACGAGGACUGCGGAUCCAACCUGGUUGCCAUUGGAAAGGGUGCCAAUGCAGUUCCCUCCUUGACCGGAGACUGCCCGUCCUCCAACCCAACCUCCAGCUCCUCCACGUCCGCGCCUGCUUCUACCACCUCCGUUUCGUCAACCAGCACCAGCGAGCCCCCUAAGACGACCUCUUCCUCGUCGUCUUCUUCCUCUGCCUCGUCCUUAUCCUCUUCCUCCUCCGCUUCAUCUGUUGCCUCCACAUCAUCCACCUCCAGGUCAUCUACCCAGACUCCUCAGUCAAGCUCUUCCAGUGCUCCUGGGACCCCCAUCUCUUCAGCCAGUGUGACCAGCACCCCUGGUUCCUCUUCUGAAGUUAUCAAGACUACCUCCUCACACAGCUGGGGCAACUCGACCAUCACCAGCACCGGGUCCCAGCAGUCCCAGACUACUCCCCCCGUCAAGGAGACUUCCACCUUCACCACAACCCAGACCUACACAGUCACCUCGUGCGCCCCCACCGUCACCAACUGCCCCCUGGGCCACGUAACCACUGCCACCAUCACCAGCACCGUCUACUGGUGCCCCGCCACCUCCGGCACCUUCACCAUCCCCCAGACCGUCGUCUGCACCAAGCCGGCCUGCCAGUCCAACCCCACGAGCACCAUCAACCACGUCGUCACCGUCGUCCCCGCCCCGACCAACUCCGCGCCCGUCCAGAUCCCGGGCUGCACCGCCUGCGCCUCCUCCGUCGUCCAGACCACGGCGGCCAACUCCCCCCAGCAGACCAAGCCGGCGGCCUGGAACCCUCUCCCGAUCGGCGGCGUCAGCACCGUGACCACGCCCGCCGCCGCCCCCACCACCACCAUCCGGGCCUCCUCGGUCCCCACCGCAGGUGCUACCGGCUGGAACGCACCCGGCCCUAUCGCCCUGGGUCUUGGUGCCUUGGUCGCUGCUCUGCUGUAA